GCUUCGUGGUGUUCGGUUCGCUUCGGUUGAGUUUUCUGCGUCGGUGUGUCUUGUUCGUUCGUAGGAAAACACUACGCGAAAGGAGGAGAUAGAAUGACAGCGACGUGAAGAUUUUAGGAAAAGAUCGGGACCGUCUUCCUGCUUAGUUUUCAUCCCCCCGACGAGUGAACAUUUAUAGGCCUGUUUGGAAACGAUUGGAAAGGAUGCGGCGUCUCGACGCAGCUACGCUUCUUCUCUGCCUUCUGGGACCGGUGUUUGGCCAGGACGGCGACCUAUACUUCUCGGUGAGUCCCGGUGAGCACUCGGUUGUCGAGGGAUCGCCGGUGCGACUCAGAUGCGAGGCGCAGUCGAGUUCACGAGUGAAAUACUCGUGGAAAAUCGAUGGCCAGCCGCUCGCACCGAGUCCGAGGAGACACCAGGAUGGAGGCGAUCUCAGGAUCACCAGGGUCAAUCGGAUCCUCGACAGCGGGAACUUCGUCUGCGUCGCUACACAUGAGGAAACUGGAUAUUCUAUUGAGAGUUCACCAGCAAAAAUCGACAUUCAAUGGAUCAGCGAGGCGAGCGUGCAACUCCAGCAGCCGAAGCUACCAUCCGCGAUCCGCGUGGGCGGCGAGGUCGAGCUUCGAUGUCAUGUCGAUGGUUCCGGGGACAUGAAAUACGAGUGGUUCAAAAAUCGGGAGUCGAUAGUGAAGAGCGAACGGAUCGACAUAAAGAAGAAGAAGUUGCACAUUCACCGUGCCGUUGCCGAGGACAGUGGAAUGUAUAGUUGUUUGGCGAAGAACGUGGCUGGUUCGUCCCCGAAAAUGGAAAGCUACCCGUUGAUUGUCUCGGGUAACGAUACCGCCGCGAUAAAGGUCGUACCCAGGAAUUUGAUCGUGAAGCGCGGUGAGGCGGCCGUUUUCCACUGCGUAUUCGAGGACGCCGAUUCCGUUCAAUGGUUCUUUAAGGAUAUAGGACCGCUGGAGACGGACGAGGAGAGGACUGUGCUCGAGAACAGCACUCUGGUCAUACGCUCCGCCGAACAGAGGGACCAAGGAUACUAUUCCUGCCACGGGGAUCGGGGAGAGAGCACAAUCAGCUAUACGGUUGAUCUUCAAAUUGCCUAUUUAAUGAAUCUCUCUGCGGCAUCAUUCGAGCCCCUAUUACCGAACCAAGUGGCAGUGGUUGGCGAAGAUCAGGAGCUGCAAGUCAGCUGUUUGGAACCCUCGGGUCUUCCACCACCGAAAGUCUACUGGAGGGAUCCCAAGGGACACAUUAUCAGCGACUCCGGCCCUGUGCGCGUCCAGGAUAAUACGCUUAUCGUCGCAAAGGCUCGAAUGGGCGAGGACGACGGCAAUUAUACCUGUGUCGCUGAGAAUAUGGCUGGGGAGACCGAUAUAACCGCGCAAGUGGUUAUUUCCACACCGCCGACGCUGAUAAGUUCGCCGGAGAGUCUGAGCGUGAUGGAGGGCGAUUCCGUGACGCUUACGUGCGCGUAUUCGGGCAUGGAACCGCCCGUGACCCAUGUACGCUGGUUAAAAGACGGGGAACCGUUGAAAGAGACCGGCGGGCCGACGAGACACCGGAUAACCGAUCACCACGGCAACGUGACCCUGCACUUGAAGAGCUCCGACCUGUCCGACAAGGGCAGCUACACUUGCGAAAUAUCGACGCAAGGGUUCCCGUCAAUAUUUUCGGAACGGGCCACGCUCACGGUUGAGGAAAAGCUCAAGUUCUCGCCGCAGCCUGUGGACAAGCGGCUGGAGCUCGGCUCGACGGCGAAAGUACCGUGCAAGUCUCAGGGUGCCACUAAUCCGACGGUGAAGUGGAUCAAGGAAGGGGCGGGUGAGGAAUUCCCGAAGCACGUGCAAGAUAUCAAUGGUACGCUACACUUCAAUGGUGUGCUCGAAGAAGACAAGGGCCGGUACACGUGCAUAGCCAGCAACGCCCAGGGAUCGAUCAAUCACACGAUCAACAUCGACGUAGUCAUCGCUCCGAAAUUCACUAUUCAACCGCAAAAUCCGACGGAAGCGAUCGAAGGAUAUCCGGUGAUGUUGCACUGCGCAGCCGAGGGUGAUCCCAAGCCGACCAUUCAGUGGGAUAGGGAUUCCCGUAUGAACAACUUGAACAAUUCCCGGUUUGAGAUGCUCGGCAACGGAAGUUUGUACAUAAGAGAGGUAUAUCUGAGCGACGAAGGGAAGUACGGGUGCACAGCUGGCAACAGUGGCGGCUUGAAGAGAGAAGAAGUUCAACUGAACGUUAAAGCUGGCGAUACGUAUAGAUUCGACAUGGAUUUGGAAAUGGAUGAGGGUUCGAUGAUGACGAAGACGGUGAUUAUCACUCUUAGCGCCGCUGCCGCGUACAUGGUGUUGGUAGUGGGUCUGAUGCUGUACUGUCGUUACCGACGUCGUCGUAGGAAACAGCAGUACCUCCAAGAACAGGCAGAAGAGAAACUGGAGAACGGGGAGGUCCAGGAGGAACAGACCGAGCUGAAAGAGACUGGGAACAGCAAACAACAGAUGAACUCACACGGAAAGAAAAAGGAGAACCGUGACUCGCACAACAAGAGCGACGGCGCAGACACUGCUCAGAGUCAGAGCAGCAAUCAGUCGAAGAAAUCGAAAUCGAAUUAUGACAAGAUCGCUGUAUCCCGUAGUAACCUGAAGGAACUGAAACCGUUGGGCCGAGGCGAAUUCGGCGAGAUCUACGCUACCAAAUAUCAAGCGGAUGGUGAUAAGGAAACAGUAGUGAUGGUCAAGAGCCUUAUUAACACAAAGGAUGAGAACGCCUUACAAGAAUUUAAACGCCACUUGGAUCUUCUUCACAAACUGAAUCACGAGAACGUGGUGAAGCUGAUUGGUCUGUGCCGCGAGGAGGAACCGGAUUACAUGAUCCUCGAAUUCACCGAUUGGGGCGAUCUGAAACAAUUCCUAAUCGCUUCACGCAAGGAUAACACCUCCAGUCCUACGCACGAAACGAAACAGCCGCGCGCACCGCAAUUAUCCGUCGCCCAGAUUCUAUCCUUGUCGAAUCAGGCAGCGAAAGGAUUGAAGCACAUCGCAGAUAAUCGUUUGGUACACAAGGACAUCGCUGCUCGGAACUGCCUGAUCGCGAGCAAUCUGACAAUCAAGAUCUCGCUGCCCUGCAUGACCAAAGAACCGUAUCAACAAGAGUACACAAAACAUCGGAAUCAGGUGAUCCCGUUAAGAUGGUUGCCUUACGAGGCCGUUUACGAGGACGAGUUCUCUACCAAGAGCGACGUUUACUCGUUCUCCUGCCUAGUUUGGGAGAUGUUCCAUCAGGGCGAGUUGCCGUUCAUUAAGAUGAACGACGAAUCCGUAUUAGCCGCGUUGAAAGCUCAAACGCUGGUGUGGAAGCCGCACAAAGCUGCGCCGCCGGCUUUACAGGAGCUUCAGGCUCAGUGUUGGGCCAAAGACCCGCGAGAGAGGCCGACCUUCGACGAGGUCGUCUCGAAAAUAGGUGAAAUUGUCGUCGACAGUUGUCUCUAGAUUGAUCGACUUACGCCACGAGGCUCUAAAUUGAAGGUACCGUGAUCGGGAUAGUAAUCGCAAGAACUUGAGCCUGUCGAAGCAUUCUCAUCUUCAACAAGGUAGAACAAGAUUGUGCUUCAAUUUACUAAGAGUAAUGUAUGAAAGAAACAGGUGUACGUACACCAGUAUUUUCCUGCUUGCUAGCUGACGUAGCGUAUAACACUUUUUAAAGUUUUUGCAUUGAAUUAAUGUAAUGAAAAUUGGAACUGGCCAAAGGUACUUUGAUCAUUUUGUUCUUAAUUGUAAUUACUAGAGAAAGCAAUCUCAAAAUACAUCUGCAAACAGGAAUAAGAAUGAAAAUUUUAAUUCAAGUACAGUACGUGAAGUUCGUCCUCAGGAUCUUUAUUUAAAAAUGUUUCAAUAUAAUGCUGAUCUCUAAAAUGGAGUUCUGAACUAAAUGAAAAAACAGUACUGAUCUAUUUGAUCUCGCGAUGAUUAUUCAAUUCACGGUAUCCUGUCGCGUCCAUUAGGUCGUUAAGGAUAUAUAAUUUAUUUAUAAACAGAAGGCUCCGCUCCAAUGACUGUCUGAACAUCUUCGAAUUAAAUAAUUAAGGACAAACGUAAACGAUCCAGUACACAUCGCUACGAUAUAAUAACGACUAACGCAAUAUCUAGUAAUCAGUAUCAGUGUAAACGAAUAGGUAUUAUCCGAUCAUCGCACAUCGAAGUAUGCAUACUUACCCUAGGAUACGUUGUGUCGUCGUUCUUUAAAGUACGACAGAAAUCGCAAGCUACAGUGUGAAUGCAUCGUUAAGAAAGUAUCACGACCAUAUCAAUCAUUAAAAAUAAAAAACGAGACGAUCCGAUUUUUGUAUCCCCGCCUAUAAUUCAUGUCUCAACAUCGUAUUUGCGUUAAGACUUAAGGCUUAAGAAUUAUUUAUAGCGUACAUUUGCGUCUGAUACGUAUAUAUAUAAAUAUUAUAUAUAUAUGCAUAUGUGUGCGUGCACAGGGUAAACGAUGUGAUUGACGUUGUUGCAUAAAUGAAGACAUAAAUGGAUAAAACUGAUGCUAACUAAUCAGAACCUCUUUUUAUACUUUUGCAGCCUUCUACAUUACUAAAUUUAGUGUUUAGUUAGUUUAUUGUAUUCAUUUUACAAAUAUUUACUGAAUGCGUAGAUUUACUUUUAUACAUAUUUAUCCACUUGUGUUUUCAAUCAUACAAACGAUUGUAAUUGCAUAGUUCACCUUGUGGACGCACGAGGCAAAAAAGAAAAGAAGCAGGAGUUAUUAUUAAUCGACUUGAAGAAGAUUAAAAGAAACGGCCUUGUACAUACCGUGGGUAUAAGCGUAAGUUCGUUCAUUAAGUACAAUCGCGAGAUUCAUCAAGUUUUUCAUUUCAGUUUUUCCGAGGAGCCAACACGCUCUCAUUGUUUAUCGAAAGAUUCUUGCAUUCGGCGAUGAUGCCAUCGCAAAUGCUUGAAAAAAUAGAGGAGAAACGGAAAGCAAGGAUUACUUUUUUAUCGCGAUUCUAGCUUAGAGUAUACUUUUGUAUUUGAGGAAAAUUAGAUUGAGUAAUUUCUUAAUUAUUAAGCUACUCGACAAUUAAUAGCGAAAGAUGAAUCAUCUUCAGGGCUAGGUACGUCGAUUGUCCAUGUUACAAAUUCGUACAACGAAACCAUCCCUUUUUAUUAUUCCGCUUGGCGAGUAAGACUUGGAAAAAUUUUAUACACACGAGUCACAUCAUUAAAUAUAUUCCGGAGAAUUCUCAUCGGUUAUUGAAUCUUCAGGUACCGAAAUGCGAGCGAAUAAUUGAUCAGUAUUCAAAGUAAUUCAUCCUCACAGCUCUGCACACGUAUACGCAUAUAAAUUAUAUUGUAUUGUAUCAUAUACGCAUCUAGAUGUAUUACCGAAAAUACAGACCGCCAACGAGUAAUCUCCGUAACCGUAACGUUUACAGGUACUCAUACUUAUAGAGAAUACGACCAUUCCCCUAAAUAUGCACCCUCGUUAAAAUCGAAGGUACAUGCCGCCUUUACUGCGAAUCUAUUAUGUGUGAAUCAUGAUUUUGUAAAAGCGUGUCGAACAUUCGUCGUCGAUCAUUCACGAUUUUAUACUUAACGAUGUGAAAAGAAAUGAUUCGGAAGAGAAAUUUUCUUCUGAGAGACUUGGAUAAUCCGCAGAAAAUGUUUGGUACAGGAAAUAUGGGAAAGCCUAUGAAAUGGUUUAAUGAGAUUAUAUUUAAUCUAAAGAUUAUUGAUAAUCGUAAGCGAUCGACAAAGGCAGUGUUCGUCGGGGCGAUUGCAAAUGGUCCGGCCUGAAUAUUCUGAUGCUUCCUAAAUGUUCGCAAUAUAUGCCAAGAAAAUAUUCUUGUAACAUAAAAAUAUAACAUUAGGAACAUACCUGGCAGUUCGUAAUCGUUGUAAGAGAUAAUUAAUCGAAUCCUCACGAAACUCGUAAAUGUGCUCAUAUCAUACGCUGAAUCGUUCCAUUGUGAUCGUGAUCGUCGAUUAAUCGAAUUCUCGUCACACGCAGAUCGCAUGAUCUCGUAGGAUUUUAAAAGGAAACGAUUUUAAAAAGAAAGCGACACAAGGAGCGGGUCUAAACGCUGCGCCAGUGAUUUUUAACGAAAGCGAUAUAUCUUAUACAUAUAUCAUGUCUAAUGUCUAGUCAUAAACAUAAAAAAAGGACGAGAGAUUGUAAGCGAACAGCGAAAAGCAAGAUCAAUUUUUAAACAAUGUUUCAGAUCUCUAGGCGUUUUUGUAAUCCAAUUUCUUUUUUACAGUAUUUUGUAAAUAUUUGUACUUUUUUAUCUACAUACGUACUUAUAUGAAUCUUUGAAAUAGUAUGUGCUACGAUUAAAUAAAGGUGGAGAUAAAAAA